AUGAAGAACACUCUGCUCGCAGCUAUCUUUUUAUUUGCAAGAGAGUCCUGCAACUGCAUAAACCAGGAUUUUCCAUUUUGCCAGCAGCUCCCCGACUGGGACAAUGAAUUGGUAUGCUACAAAGAAUUAAGUGAGGAUUUAACCUGUACCUGGCUGCCAGCAUCCAGUGGUCCAAAUAUAAUUACUUAUACCAUAUUCUUAAAGUGGGACAGAAUACCUAGACUUUUUCAACAAAACACAUCAUCACCUUCUAUCAAGAUAGACCGAAGGAAUCUAUAUAUGAAGCGAUCUGCAUCUGUUUGGAUAGCAGUGAAUUACGCACACGGCAGCUGCAUAAGAGGAAAGAACGUUUCAGUUACACCAAGCAAAGCAGGAAAAUGCUUGGCACCAUCUAACAUAACUGCUCAUCAGAUCACAAAUCAGUUGGUAAUAAAGUGGGACCCGCCUGUGACCCCAACAGCAUAUGAGCUGAGGUACAGAGAGGCGCUCGUGGAAUCCACUCGGUGGACACUUGUGUCUGUAGAAAACAAUGCUGUCAAUAUCACCAUUUUGAAUGUAAAGGCUGUGUCUUCAUACAUUGUUCAGCUGAGAUGCAUAGCCAAGGAUGGUCUCCACUGUGUUUGCAUUUGGAGUAAAGAGAUUUUGGUGCCUCACAAACUCAUGAACAAGCCAAGAAUAACAUAUAAUGCAACCACAGAAAUCUCUCCAGGCAGAAGAAGUAUUCUUCUGAAGUGGGAGGUAACACAGACUGAGAAGAUCAUUGGAUAUUAUGUUAAUGUGGAAAGAAUACCCAACAGUUGCAGGGAUUCACCAAAUCGCAUCUUUCUAACAGACAGAAAAGUUCUUCUAAAUCUCUCCUUGGCUUAUUACAGAGUUAAUAUUUCUGCCUAUAACAAAGCAGGAGAAUCUCCACAAGCCAUCUACAUUGUCCCAGACUUCUCUGCAACGGACUUACCUGGCCAAAUCCAUGCCAAAUGCCAGGGAACUUCUGCAGUUGUCACCUGGACUCCAGAGUACAAUCCAAAAUGUUUCGUGGUUGACUGGGGCACCAGUAAAACAGAUAUGCAUAUGAAAAUAGUAACUACAGCUACAGGAAAUUUCACCCUAGACAAUUUUCAGCCAUAUAAGUUGUACAAAGUAAUAGUUCAUGCAUCUGAUGUGUGUCAGUGUGGAAGUUUCACAAGACAUGAAAAGACUUUUGGAGUGACCCACUUUUACUCAGUUGAAGGAGUUCCUAGAACAGGUCCUGCUAACGUGACAAUUCUGAAUAUCACUAAGCACUCUGCGCUUGUGAAAUGGACCAAAAUACCUGCUGAAGACUGUUUGGGCUUUCUCCAGGGUUACAGGAUCAGCUACACAGAUUCAUUAAGGAAAAAGUCUCUGGCUGUUACCGUCAAUUCCUCUAUCACAAGUUACCGUCUUACUGGACUGAAGGCAAAAACCAUCUACCACGUGCAGAUUUCAGGAUUCACCAACGCUGGAGAAGGACUUUCAACUCUUCCACAACCUUUCACCACUCCAAAAUAUGAUAAAGGAGAAUUUGAAAGCUUUGUGACUGGCCUUUGCUUUGGCACAAUGUUUAUUCUGGUUUUUGCACCUCUCACUUGUUCUCUGAUGCUUAAAAGGCUGAAAAUAUCCUGCUGGCCCAGUGUGCCAAACCCACAUAACAGCAGUGCACUCCAAGAUACGACUAAUUGGAAACCUGUUUCAAGGUCACUGCUUCAGGCUCUGUCAGAUAAUGAUACUACCAGCCUUUCUGUCAUAGAGCAUGAGUUAAAGGCUCCUUUGAAGCAAGGCCUCACUACAGAUGGUGAAAAAGACAGUAAGUGUGACACUUGUCAUCCAGAAGAACCUAGCAAUACCACAGACACAAGCCUAAGGCAUGAAGAAAUCUCUGAAGAUGCAGUUAGUAGUGAAGAGGAAGGAAGCAUUUCCAUUACAGUACCACUCUUGAGUGACUACGCUAGCAUGGAGUUCAGCCAGAAAGCCCUGAUGAGUCUGAGAAUGAAGCUGCCUGCAAGAGACGGUCAUCCUCAUAUGGAAACAAAACUAAGCAGUAAGCGAGCACAAAAUGAACAUCAGGUUUUGUUUGCUCCCCAAGACUACCUCAAACAAAGCCAAGUAGUACUUUUGCCAUCUGAACCAACUUUAAAGUCAGUUUGA